GGCAAUCAGGAGGAAAUCGAGCAGCACGAAGCGCCUCUCUUCUGCCCCUGCCACCCAGACCUCCUAUUACAGUGAGUCCCUGAUGAGUGAGUCCUACCUGGGAGGCAGACGGGGCCUUGCUGCCCUGGGCAGCUCUGUGCUGGAUGAUGCCCUGGACAGCAGCACAUACUGGGGUGAGCCCUCCCUCCUGUGGCAGCUGGGGACCUCCCUGGGCACUGAGGGGGUGCUCCGUUUGGUGACUUACUGCCUCGCUUCUUCCUUUCCAGGUCACUUUGUCUCAGGCCAGAGUAGUUCUGGGUCAGGGCUGAGGACUGCAGCCUCCCGAGUGGGCUCCUUCCUCUGGCAGGUGCUCACCUCCCCAGUUUGGUUCUUGGAGUGGCUGUAUUCGGGGCUGGCAGCUGCCUGGCACCGCCUCACCGGUGCGGCUCCCCACCAGGAUGGCAUCUCUUUCUCCAGGCGCUACCCGCCACUGAAGAGGUUUCUGCUGCUGCUGCUCCUCCUGCUCCUCACUGCUGCUGCUUACGGAGCUUGGUACUUCUCCCCAAAUGUCCUGUCGACACUCAGCCUCCCUGCCUUCCCAUGGUGGGGAGCUGGAAAGCGUUCAUCCUCCGAUGUGCCUGAGGCAGGGGACCUGACCGUGUUGGACCAGGGGCAAAGUGGUGGCCCGGGUCGGGGGCUGUGGGAGAAGCACCGGCUCCUGGCUCGCUUUCAGGCCCUGGAGAAACGCUUCGAGGUGCUGGAGGCUGAUGUGUCACAUCUCCGCACGGACACUACCAGCCACCUCCAGGGCGAGCUGGAUGCCCUCCGAGCCCAGGUGCAAAGGGAUUUAGAUGGGCGCCUGGAGAAGAUGACACAAGCGUCUCAGGAGAUGGAGGCACGCUUGCUGGAGCUGAACUCGGAGUGGCACAGCUUGGCGCAGGAGGGCCUGCGGGAGAGCUUCCAGCAGGAAGUAGGCAAGCUGGAGCAGGAGGUGGCAGCGCUGAGGAGGGAGCUGUCGAGCCUCAAGUCGGACAAGGAAGUUAUUGGGAAGCAGAUGGAGGGGAUACUGGAGCAGCUGAAGGCGGUGCAGGCUGAAAUGGGAGUGCAGUUCCCAGUAUGGAUCAGUCGGUUCCUGUCGCAGUCCCGGCAGGACGGGCUCUUCCUUCGCCACGAAGACUUGCAAGCGGAGCUCCAGGCCCUGGAGCACAAGAUCCUGGCCAAAGUCUUGGAAAACCAGAGGCUGUUGGCACAGGGUGCUCAGGGUGGUGUUGGACUGACCUCACGGCAAGAGGGGACUGCGGGGGUGACAGAAGAGCAAGUGCGUCUCAUUGUGGGUCAAGCUCUGAAGCGCUACAGUGAGGACCGCGUGGGGAUGGUCGACUACGCCCUGGAGUCGGCAGGGGCCAGCAUCAUCAACACCCGCUGCUCAGAGACCUAUGAUGCGCAUACAGCGGUGCUGAGCUUGUUCGGCAUCCCCCUGUGGUACCAGUCGCAGUCCCCUCGUGCCAUCCUGCAGUCGAAUGUUGACCCCGGAAACUGCUGGGCGUUUCGUGGAUCCCAGGGCUUUGCUGUCAUCCACCUCUCCAACGUCAUCCGCCCCACGGCCGUGACUCUGGAGCACAUCCCAAAAGCUCUCUCGCCCCAGGGGAUCAUCCCCAGCGCCACCAAGGACUUCGCUGUCUAUGGCUUGAAGGAGGAGAGAGAGGAGGAGGGCGUGCUCCUUGGGCAGUUCACCUACGACCACGAUGGCGACCCCAUCCAAACCUUUUACCUGAAGGGUGAUGCUGUGGGCGCAUACGCACUGGUGGAGUUCCGGGUGCUGAGCAAUUGGGGCCACCCCGAAUACACCUGCAUCUACCGCUUCCGCGUGCAUGGGGAGCUGGUUCCCUGA